AAUAUAUUAUUGGUUUAAGAGCUUUAACUUUAAUAUGAAAUGUUAAUAAAAUUCGUGAACGUGAAUGUGUGUAUUUAUACAUAAUGUAAAUAAAUACAGAAUGUACCAGAAUAGUUCAGUUAGAUUGUAUAUAACAUUGUAAUGAUAUUGUUUGUAAUAAAUUGACAUGUUAUAACAUGGUUUCAUUUUUAUGAUGAAUACUCUAAAUUUCUUUUUUUUUUAACUAUAAAACUACGGGAACAUUAAUUACAUUGUACUUUCUUUCCUGUUAUAUAAUAGGUGUGUGUAUGGAAGUGUAUAUAAACACUAUCGUGCAAUAUUUUAGCUUGCUUUUAGGUUAAGAUACACAUGCGUUAUAUUUUAUUUAAGUUAAAUUUAAUGUUUUAGUUAAUUAAUCGAUUAAACGCGUUUAACCUAAAUUUAUUUAUUUAACGUUUCACUUAUAAUUUGUAACAAUCAAAUUAUUAAUUUGUUAUGACAUGUAUCGCGUUACUAUAGUUAUUUGUGAAUGAAUAUAUUGCGUGUCUCUCAUAACAUACUUCGUGAGUUGCGAUAUUAAAAGUAAUGACGAAAAUAAUAGAAUUACAUCCUGACAGAUCUCUUUUAAAUCCACGUUUUGAAAAGUAUCAAUUUUCUCCAGAUGUUGUUCCUGUGAAAUCAGAAAUAAGUUUAGAAAAUGAUGUAUUUAGGCUAGAAUUAAAUCCCGAUCAAGAAUCUUGGUUGGAAGUGAGAUUAUUUGCUCUUCAUAAUCAUUUAUUUACAAAUCCUUAUGAUACAUCAUGUUGGUUUAUUGAUAAAGAACACAUAAUUUGGCGUGUAAAUAAAAUUGGAACACUUCAAAAAAUAUAUAAAUUAUGUUCUCCUAAUGCUCAAUCAUCAAAAUUAUUAUAUAAUCCAUCGAUCGGAUUUACUAGCAAUAAUAUUGUAGUAAUUUCUAAUGGAGGUAACAGCCUCCAUUUAUUAAGGGAAGAUAAUUCUGGUCAUGUUGAAACAUUUUUAUUAGAAGAAGCAGAACCUGGAGUUAUUUUAGAUAUCCGAUAUGUGCAAAUUAAAUCUCAAAUUAUUAUUACGUUGUCAUCUAUAGUUGAUGAUAAUGGGAAAAAGUGUACAAAGCUUGUAUUAUUAUUUUAUACUUGGCAACAAUCUGAUGAAAAGCAAAAUACUUUUCAUUUAUCUAAUAAACAAGUAUUAAAAGUACGAGGUACCGUAGAAUAUGUAUUUAUCGAAGAAAAUGGUGACCAUUUACAUACCAUUUGUCAAAAUAAUAUUAUUUUUGAAUCUGACGAUAAGAAAAUAACAGAAAAUAGUAUAAAAAAUAUAAGUGAUAGAGAACACAUAAAAAUUCCUAAAUAUUGCUGGUCUCAAGACGAAGAUUCGCUUACAGUUUGGAUUAAAAUACCGGAAAAAUAUUAUCAAAGUCAGGCCAAAGUUAAUGUAAAAUCUAAUGAAAUAUCAAUUACUGUAAAUAAUGAUAUUUUAAUACAAGGCGAAUGUCAACACAGAUUAGAUGAGAAGCUUACUACUUGGAAACAUGAAAAGGACACAUUACAAUUGGACUUAAUAAAGUUUGAAAAUGGUUUAAUGUGGGAUGAGUUAAUUAAAGGUGAUACAGGAGGAGAAUGUUUACCAAAUGAAUCACUAGCAGCUGAAAUUCAUUCUAGAUUAGCACAUCUAUGUUCUGAAAAUCCAGAUGCACCUGGUGGAGAAGGUCAACCGUGUUUAGGAUUUAAUUCUGAACAAUUGGAAGAAUGCGAUAUAGAAGGAAAAGAAAACAUCUUGCAAAGAAUAAAUCUUACAUCGCAGGAAAUAACACAUCAGGCUACUCUUGGUACAAAUAAUCAUGUACUAUUUACAUAUAAAAUGAAAUUUGGACAGACAAUAUGUCUUAGACACGAUCAUGAUGGUUGUCUUUGGAUUACUGAUAUUGUAGAAGACAAUCUAUGGAAAAUAAAACAUACUACAACAUUUCCAGGUUUUGGAUAUGUUGAAGCAAGUAAAAGUAAUAAAAAAUUCUGUAUAUGUUCUCCAGAUGGUUCAUACGUUGCCAUAAUAGAACACACAAGACACGUUUUUCUUUAUGAAAGGCCAGAAAAUAAUUCUCAAAUAAGUAAACAAUGGAUUGUAGAUUUAGAAUGUGAUUCUCCAUCUUCUAUUAUAAUGGGAGCAGUUGCAACUAACAAAUAUUUAAUAAUCCUUACGAAAAACAAAUUAUACCAUUUACAAAUUUAUCCAUAAAAUUUUAUACUUUUUAUUAUCUUCUGUACAUAUUGAUAUUUUAUGUAUAUAUGAAUUAUGUAUAGUUGCGUGCACAAUGUACACGUGCGUAUAUACACACACGCACACCCACAAACACACAAAGAGAGACACGCAUCACAGCAAAUAAUUUGCUCGAUCUAUUCUAAUGAUAAAUACUAAUCAUAGAAAA